AUGCUUCUGGGCAUCACGUGGGCUCCAUCCUACAUCUCAGGCGAGGGAUGGCUGUUUGUCCAGCCAUCCUACACACGGAGCCAGGGCAGCUCAAGGUCACGGGCAGCUGGGUGGCCACAAGAGCACACAUUCGAGAAAGUCAGGUCACUCCCACACCUCCAGACUGCAGCCUCCUGGGGUCCCAGUGUGCCCGAGCAGGUGCCCAGGCCCCUAGGCACCCUGUGGUCAAGAGCCUGGCUGACCCAACUCCCCAGGACGGCGCCAGGGCCCUGCGAGGCCAGGUGUGGGGCGAGUGUACGCAGGAGUGUCCGCUGGCCUGUGGGCACAGGCUCUCCCUUCGGAGACCUUCACCUGGCUCUCACCCAGGGUGCUGCCCCCGCAGGGACUGAGGCCCUUUUGGAGCUUCCAACUUCCUGCUUCUGCCUCCACCCUUCUCCGCUCCCCAGUUUGGGCCUGUCCUUCACGGGGCCCCGAACAGAAGUCCGACUCCCCUGCUCCCCCUUCUCACUCUGGAGGAUUGUUUGCACAGGGUCUGAAAGGGGAAACCGGCAGCUGUGGCGCCUCAGGGACUCAUCUGACGGUUCCCAAAGCCCCCACCUGCCCCAGGCUGCCCAGGGCCACUGUCACGAGAAGGGCCCCCACCCCUGUGCCCCUGGCGGAGGCUCGAGGCACAGAGAUUUUGCUCCAUGCUCGCUCCAGCCCUGCCCAGAUUCUCCAGCCCCUUGCCUGCCCCCGGGCCAGGCGUGCCGCCCUCCCAACCAGGAUGCGAACCUGUUGGACCGGCCUGGCUGGGAGGCAGUGCCAGCCCGCCACACCCGCGCGCUCCUUUGGGAGCUCUCUGAACACUGGUCCUGGGUGGCUGUCCCAGCCCAGGGCUCGUCUCAGGCCAGAGCACCACUCAGCGGGUGCAAAGGGGGCAAGGCGGCCAGGAGAGGCCAAGGCCGCCCCCACUGUGCCAGCCUGGUCUGCGGAAACUGCCCAGGGGCAGAGGCCCCGGCGGGGGUGGGCCCGGCUGGUCCCGAGGCAGAGAUGACGGGUGCCUCCUGCGAGUGCAGCCUGGGCCUCAGCCGCGAGGCCCUCAUCGCCCUGCUCGUGGUGCUGGCCGGCGUCAGCGCCAGCUGCUUCUGCGCCCUCGUCAUCGUGGUAAUUGGGGUCAUGCGAGCCAAGGGUGAAUCGAAAGCCUCCAAACGCAUGGACAGCAGAUUUGUGGGGCGCUACGGGGUCCAGGAGGACCACAUGGAUCUGCACGCCGUGCAUGUGGAGUCCCACGUCAUAGACCCCGAGCUGGAGACCACCACGAUGGCGCCCCUGGACGAGCAGGACCUCAUGGCCAUCCCCAUGGAGGUGCUGGCCCCGCUGGAGGUCCUCGAGAGACCCCAACCUCCUGCCCCACAGCCACCACCACCACCGCCACCGCCACCUCCGCCGCCGCCACCACUGCUGCCCCCACUGCCCCCACUGCCCCUACCAGAGGAGGAUUGAGGGUGGCAUCUUUGUGGGAAGAGAAUUAAACAGUAU